AUUUCAAAUCCUCACUCAUUCCCUUCAUUACUUCAUCACCAACCCCAAAACCCACAAAAAAUUCUUUCACCAAAACAACACCACAAUGCACCCCCUCUCUCUCCUCCUCCUUUCUCUCUCUACCCUCAUUCUUGUUCUUCUUUCCAACCCACUACAAACCCUAGCAAAAAAUGAACAUACCCACAAUAAAGAAGUUGAAAUCUUGUUAAAAAUCAAAUCUUUUUUGGACCCAGAUGGUCAAACUUUGAGUUCUUGGAGUUCAAAUGGUACUGGUUACUGUGAUGGGUCAUUUGAGGGUGUUGCUUGUGAUGGGUUGGGUCAAGUGGUGAAUAUUUCUCUUCAGGGUAAAGGGCUUUUGGGUCGGAUACCUUCUGAGAUUGGUCAGCUUGAAAGGUUGUCUGGGUUGUAUUUGCAUUUUAAUGGGUUGCAUGGUGUGAUUCCUAAAGAGAUUGGUGAGUUGACUCAGCUCACUGAUUUGUAUCUCAAUGUGAAUAAUCUUUCUGGGCAGAUUCCUACUGAGCUUGAGAAGAUGGAUAAUCUUCAAGUUUUGCAACUAUGUUACAACCAACUGAGUGGAAGCUUGCCUACACAACUUGGAUCUCUAAAGAAGCUCACUGUCCUUGCUCUUCAAUACAACCAACUAACCGGUGCAAUCCCCGCUACACUCGGGAAUUUAGGGACGUUACAGCGGUUAGACUUGAGCUUUAAUCGCCUCUUUGGCUCGAUCCCAUCGACAAUAGCAGACGCCCCGUUGUUACAAGUGUUGGACGUGCGAAACAAUACGCUUUCAGGCAAUGUCCCGUUAGUUUUGAAGAAACUCGACGAAGGAUUUCAAUAUGCAAACAACCUAGAACUAUGUGGAUCCGGUUUCGCGGAUCUAAAAGUAUGCAAUGCGUCUUUUGAUCCUGAAAGUCCUAAUAAACCUGAGCCGUUUGGACCGCAGUCGAAAGGACUCACACCCAAGGCCAUUCCACAGUCUGCAAAUGUAACCAACGAUCAGUCAAAGUCAAAGUCAACGAGUGCCGGACUUGCUGCUAUACUCGGAGCCGUGUUGACCACCAUGUUAUUAGUUGCCGGAAUCGUUACUUUCAUUUGGUAUCGCCGGAGAAAACAGAGGAUCGGGACCGCCUUUGAGCCAUCCGAUAGUCGAAUUAGUACGGAUCAGUAUCAAGUCAAAGAAGUAGCCAACAGAAGAAGUGCUUCACCUCUCAUAAGCCUCGAGUACUCAAACGGGUGGGACCCGAUGUCAAACGGUCAAACGGGAAGCGGGUUCUUGCAAGAUAUUCCCGAGAGCUACGUGUUCAACGUCGACGAUGUUGAGUCAGCAACUCGGGUUUUUUCCGACUCGUAUUUGUUAGGGAAAGGUAGUUUUUCGGCUACUUAUAGAGGGAUUUUACGCGACGGGUCUAUAGUUGCUAUUAAACGAAUUGCGAAAACGAGCUGCGUGUCGGAUGAAACCGAGUUUUUGAAGGGGUUAAAGAUGCUAACGUCAUUGAAACACGAAAAUCUUCUUCGGUUACGAGGUUUUUGCUGUUCGAAAGGUCGGGGUGAGUGUUUUUUGAUCUAUGAUUAUGUUGCUAAGGGAAACUUGUUGCAGUAUCUUGAUGUUAAGGCUAAAACCGCACCCGUGAAUGUUCUUGAUUGGUCGACUCGGUUUUCGAUUAUCAAAGGCAUUGCUAAAGGUAUCGAGUACCUACACGAGAUCAAAGGAAACAAACCGGCUCUCGUUCAUCAAAACAUAGCAGCCGAGAAAGUGCUUAUCGAUCACCACUACACACCGUUGCUCUCGGGUUCAGGCCUCCACAAACUACUAGCCGACGAUAUCAGAUUUUCGACUCUCAAAGCCAGUGCUGCAAUGGGAUACCUUGCCCCCGAGUACACAACAACGGGCCGGUUUACCGAUAAAAGUGACAUUUACGCGUUCGGGAUGCUCGUUUUCCAAAUUAUCUCGGGAAAAACGAGAAUCGGUUCAUCCAUUCGUCAAGGUGCCGAGUUGUGCAAGUUUGAAGAUUUUGUGGAUGCUAAUCUUGACGGUAAAUUCUCCGAGUCUGGGGCUGUUUUGCUCGGGAAAAUUGCGUUGUUGUGCACGCACGAGUUUGCAAGCUCGAGGCCUACAAUCGUGACCGUGGUUCAAGAACUAAGUGGUGUCGGUUCUACGCAUUGAUUCACUAACCGAUAGUUAUUAGGUUCGAGUUACUCACUCGAACCAGUUAGGGUCUUGUUUUAACUUGCCUUUGGAUCGUGUAAAGUCACGUGUAUGACUUUAUGCGAUCGGGCCUUUCGUUUAGUUUUAACGUAACAUCUGACUGUAACCGUAGUCGGAUUAUUUUAGACUAUAAGUUUCCAAGGUCUCAAAUUUCUUCA